AUGGAAUCUCCGCGAAAGUCACAAACACACCUAAAACCGCCUCCGCACCACCAACCACGCCGAUCAUCCACAUCCACAACCACAACCACAACCACAUCAACACCGGCAACACCGCGAGCCCCCGUCAUGGCACACCCAACGGCAACGAUCGCCGAAACUGCCAUAUUUCAAGGCACGCACGCGGUAUCGAUUGGCGCAGGGACCGUAAUCCAUCCGCGCACGCGCAUCUACUCGUUCUCUGGACCGGUGAUCAUCGACGAGGCGUGCAUUAUUGGCGAAAAGAGCGUGAUCGGGGUCGCAGCACCACCCAGUUCGAGCGGGGAGGGAUCCUCAAAUGGUGCAAAAUUGGACUCGGUGGAGGGGAUUCCCAUCCGGUUUUCAUCCUCCGUGACGGUUGGACCGACGGUGACGAUCCUCCCCGGGGUGCGCGUGCACUCCGGGGCGUCGAUUGAGGCGCUAGCGACGAUCAAGGACCGCGUGUCGAUUGGAGCGCAUGCUAGGAUCUGUGCCGGGUGUGAGGUAUCGGAGAAUACGGUGAUUCGGGACUGGAUGGUAGUUUGGGGGUCAGGGGUGGGAAUGGGACAGAGGCGGAGGAUACGGGCCCGGGGGAAGAUGAGCUCAACGACGGCGGUGGCGCAGGGGAUACAAUCGUUGGAGGCCAGGGUGAUGGAGGAUGCCAGGUUGGCGGUACUGCAGAAGGAGAGGGAGGCGCUUUCUCGGUUGAUUGGGGCGUCGAGUUCAGGACGACGAAAGUGA